GUCAAGCAUGGCAUGGUGGAGCAGACAGCUCUUGUUGUUGUGCAGACGAGGAAUAUCUUACACAUCGAGAAGUGCGAAAAACAGACCAUGCAUUGACAACAUAACAGUUAAGCCGCGUUUAAGAAGUUUAAACUACAAACAACGUACAUCUGUCAAGCCUGUCAUUGCCGUUUUUAGAACUGGCCAGUCGUCGAAACUGACAACAUUUGGCUCUGUGGGGUUUGGGUGUGUUCUCUAUGGGACAGUAGCGUUUUGCCUCGCUGAUGAUAAAGAUGAGAAGUUUCUCAAUGCAGCUCACCUCAACAAUAUACGAGAGAUGGAAAGACUGAUAAAGUUAGGCGUGGAUGUAAAUGCUCGUCACCCGCUGGGUUGGACAGCCCUCCAUGUUGCUGCAAUGAACAAGCAUAAAGAAGCAGUGAGAGUUCUCCUUGAGGCAGGUGCUGAUCCCAACUUGGGGGACGACUUCAGCAACGUGGGUCAGAUGGCUCGGGAGAAGAAACUCAACAGUCUGCAGGUGCAUCUUGAAAGAGAGGAGGAGUUUUCUAACCGACUCAACAUCCGAGCCAACUUCAAGGGCUGCACUGCUCUACACUAUGCUGUACUGGCUGAUGACACUGAAGUGGUUUCUUUACUUCUUGAAGCGGGAGCAGAUCCGAUGAUGGAGAAUGUUGUAGGACACUGCCCCAUGGACUAUGUGCGUCGCCCAGACAUGAAGCACCUGCUGGAAGACUACAAGCUGAAGUAUAACAAGAUGAAGGCGGAGAGGGAAGCUGAAGAGAGGAGACGCUUCCCCUUGGAGCUGCGGCUCAAGGAACAGAUCAUAGGACAGGAGGCUGCCAUCAACACAGUCGCUGCAGCUAUACGUCGAAAAGAGAACGGCUGGUAUGAUGAAGAUCACCCUUUGGUGUUCCUCUUUCUUGGAUCUUCAGGAAUAGGAAAAACUGAAUUAGCAAAGCAAGUUGCAAAGUAUCUGCAUAAAGAUGUGAAGAAGGGUUUUAUCAGAAUUGACAUGUCAGAGUACCAGGAAAAACAUGAAGUUGCCAAGUUUAUCGGGUCCCCACCCGGUUAUGUCGGACACGAGGAGGGAGGACAGUUGACCAAGAAGCUGACUGAAAGUCCACAAGCAGUUGUCCUGUUUGACGAGGUCGACAAAGCUCAUCCCGAUGUCCUGACGAUCAUGCUGCAGCUGUUUGAUGAGGGUCGUCUAACAGACGGGAAGGGCAAGACAAUCGAUUGUAAGGAUGCCAUCUUUAUCAUGACAUCUAAUCUAGCCAGUGAGGAGAUUGCCCAUCAUGCAUUGCGACUCCGAGGAGAAGCAGAGGAGGUGGCGAAACAGAGGCAAUCUGGAAAACUAGAAGACUUGGAGAAUGCUGAGAAAAUAACAAUAUCACGGAACUUCAAAGACAAAGUAGUUCGACCAAUACUGAAGUAUCAUUUCAGAAGGGAUGAGUUUCUAGGCAGAAUUAAUGAGAUUGUCUACUUCCUGCCAUUUUCAAGAUCUGAGCUUGCCAAGCUUGUUACCAAGGAGUUGGACUUCUGGGCAAAGAGGGCGGCAACGAAGCAUCAGAUUGAACUGAGUUGGGACCACCAUGUUGUCGACGUGCUGGCUGACGGCUACGAUGUACACUAUGGAGCCAGGUCAAUCAAAUAUGAGGUUGAAAGGCGUGUUGUGACUCAGCUAGCCAUGGCCCAUGAACGAAAGUUGAUCAGCAAUGGCUCCACCAUCAAAUUGUCUGUUCCCAAUAGGGAUGACAUUCUGACAGAUAAGUCCCAUGGGACCAUAGAUCAGAAAGAACACUCUCAUAUCAAACUAAAAGUUUUGAAGGAAGGCUCCAAGAACAAAUAUGUGGACGUUGAUUUAAACAAAGUGGAUAAUCCGUUUACAUCAGAAUUUAGAUGAGAUGAAUUUCUGUUCAUUACAGAGUUUUUGUAGUGAGCCAGUGAACUUUGUUUGAAAAGAUUUUUGCAAAUGUCUUUCAAAAUAGUUGUAACAUAUUGGAAAUGAGAAACUUGUCAUUAAUCCUGUAAGUCAGUAAUUAUUUGUGGUUGAUGAGUCUGUAACCUGCACAUCUUUAUUCAGAUCUGUUGUAGGUUGAUAUAUCGAUUGUCAUUGACGGUCAUCUGCCCUGAAAAACCUACAGCGAUUAAAAACAAGGGUUUACAUUUUGUUUGAGGCAAAAAGCAGACACCAAUAAUAUCUACAUUCCUCCAUCUCCAGUAGAUACAUAUGUCAGCUGGGAGGUGUGACAGUAAUGUGUGACUGUUAGCUAAUGACAUGAGGCUGUGUAUAAACAAGUCGAAUGAACCCCACUCUGUGCAUGUGUGUAAGAGCCACCAUUUGUUUAAUACUUAAGUGCAGAGUAAACUGCCACAUGGCUCCAUUUUUCACUGGUAUGAACACUUGCUGGUUUUCCUCUCACUGGGUACAAGACAGCUUGACACAGUUGUAAAGAAGGCAAAUAGGUGAAAGCAGUCAUGGGUGAUGAAGUACUGAUGACAUUCUCUUUGGAUGUGUCUAGUGGAAGGGAAGCAACUCUUGUAAGUUUCAAGUAGUCCUCUCAGCACAAGCAAAACACUUCUAGAGCUAUUAGUAACAUCCAUCCCAAAAUGCCUUAACCAAUAAUAGAGAAACAAACACAAUUUUAGUAUUCUCUUUAUUCUCAGUAAUACACAAUCAUGUAACUGAUUCCCGUUUCUUGUACAUCUGUUGCAUAUAGUUUAAUCUCUUAGCAGCAGCAUGUUUUGUAUCUGAAAUAUUUGUAGCAUAUAAGUGUACCUGUUUAAUCAUAUAUUUACCCAUUUAAAGCUUAUAUGCAAGAUUUAUGAUAAUAGCUUUAAGUUGGAACUGUUUGUAAUAAAUAUUUAUGGAAAUAAAAGGUAUUUGUAACA